AUGUCUGACCCAUCUAGAGCUGCAACAUGCGUCAAAGAUAUAGAUCCUCUUCGAUAUACGAGCUAUACUGAUGAAUGCUGUCGCGUACUUGAGGAGCUGCGGGAAUAUCCUACAGACAUGUAUCUGGUCCAGCUGGCACGACUCAAUCGUAUGGCCCACAGGAUCGUUCAGAUACUUCCCUUUGAUGCGUACAAUCCACCGCACAUAGCUUCGUCGGAUUCAGUCCAAAGGUGUGUCGAGGCUCUCGAAGCGGAAUUAAAGCGUCUGAAACCAUCUAGCGCGCAGGAUUGCAUUCAGGACUCCAUCCUGGCAUUACAGUAUUACAAUCUAGAGCUCCUCUUAUACGAGUCCGCUCUGGAAGAUGACUUCUCAAAGAACGACGGGAAUAGCACCGGGGUGCAUUGUGAUAUCCUUCACUCAUCCUUGAUCUCAGCGAAAGACUUCUUCUCAACGUUCUCUUCUCUUACGCCUCAAUAUUUCCUCUAUCUCCCAUACUCGGUCUACCAGCAAUACUACCAUGCCGUCGAUUCAUUAUCGAAACUUCUGCUUUUGGCAUGGAAGGAACGCGAUCAGAUCAACGCACCUACUACCAUUGAUGUUCCAACAGCCGUUAACAUGUUCGUUGGAAAGGCUAAAGAGGCAGUGCGGUUUCUGAAUGACGAAGAAUCAUCACUCUGCGCGGAGGAAAUACUGUAUCAACUCAUAGCACGAGUGCGUACAUUUAAGGAGCUUCACGAAGAAAGACUUGCCAACGUCGAAUCUUAUGACAUCAAUACAAAUGCUACGAGGAGGAAUUCAAUAAGAGAUGCGACAUUUUCGCUACCGCAUGGCAUGUCGUGGCAGUUUCUGGAUUCAGAAUAA